AUGGCCGAGCCAAUUCCCUCUGCUGCCGAGGGCGAAGAACAGCGUCUGCCAGCCAAUGCCGAGGACCGCAAAGCCGCCGCCGCUCUCUCCUCGCUCAAGGCCAACGGAAUCUCGCAAGGCGACGACGAUGCCGCGGCUAGCAACAACAAGCUCUCUUCCGCGGCUGCACAAGAAGCGCUGGGCAAGGCGAUGAGUCGGCUAGAGAUUGCUGCCGGGGGUGCGGCAAAAGGUGCAGCAGCAGGAGGAGGAGCUAAUAAAGCUGCGGCCGACAAGGCGGUAGCAGCUCAGAAAGAAGAGGCUGCGAAGAAGAAGGCUGUUAAGAUUGCGGCGGAGGAUGUUACGUUGCUUGUGAGAUGA